AUGUCAGGGGAUGCCCUAACAGAUUGGCGAGGACUCUUUGUGGCGGGUAUCGACCAUGAAUUGGAGUUCUUCCUGUCAGAGGUGGUUGAGGGUUCGAGUGUAGUGAAGCUGCCAAUAGAGGUGUUUGAGGAAGGCAUUCAGGACUGGAAGCAUGCGUUAGUUGGGCAAUUUAUUGGCUUGGCUCCAAGCUUUAGUUCCAUUCAGAAUAUAGUUACGCUGCUAUGGAGUAAGGUUUCUCUGGUCAAGGUGAGUAUAGCUGGGCCAAACUUAUAUGUUUUUUCUUUUUCCAAUUCGAAUGCCAGGGACUGGGUUUUAGAUGGUGGUCCAUGGCAUGUACAACAUAAGCCGAUGUUACUUAGGAAAUGGGAACCCAAUUUAAAAGAAUUACAUUUUGAUUUUUGUUUCAUGCCUAUUUGGAUUCACUUGUUUAAUGUUCCACUUGAGCUAUUUUCCAAGAGAGGUUUGAGUUAUAUAGAAAGUGUUGUGGGUAAGCCUCUACAUAUGGACUCAGUUAUUGUUGCUAGGGAUAGAUUAGAAUAUGCUCGAGUAUGUGUCGAGGUUCCUGCUGGGUCCAUAAUUCAGGACUAUAUUGAUGUUGUUUUGUGCGAUGGAUCAAUGGCAAGAGUCAGAGUUUCGGUUCCUUGGAUGCCUACCUCUUGCACAGACUGUAGACGGUUCGGGCAUUCUGUAAAAUUUUGUCCUCGAGGGAAUGGAAAAAAGACUGAGCAGGUCUGGAGAAUUAAGAGGAAUGUGAAUGAUGUUCAACAGAUUGUUUUUUCUGUUGUGGAUAAGGCAAUGGACAAUGUUAUUGUUGAUAUCUCUAGUGGAACAUCUAAUGUGAUUUGCUCUGGGGAAAAACUUCCUGCACCUGUGACAUCUCAAGUUGAACUGGUUGCUGAUGCUAGUGUUGGAACUAAUUCUGCUGCUAUUUCUACUCUUGAUGGAAACUGCCUUGCUAUUGUUUUUGAUGAUAAGAUGGACAUGGUUAAGCAGGCUGAGCAGCAGCCUCUUGUUAAGAGGGGUAAGGGUAGGCCAUCAAAGGAGGGCAGGGUUAUUGGUGAGUCAAGGAAUAAAUUCGAAGUGUUAUGUGCUAUCGACCCUGAAAAACUACUGGAGUCCACUGCUAUUGACUCUGGCAGAAAACAUAGAGGUUCUUCCUUGGGUGUGGCGAAGGGCUUUAAUAGCUCCUUUAAGCAAGCUAAGGUUCUGAAUUGGGCUACUAGAAAUCAAGUCAGCAUCUUAUGUCUCUUAGAAACUAGAGUGAAGGAGAUCAAUUAUGCUGCUAUUCUGUUGAAUAAGUUUAGUGAUUGGCAUUACUGCUUUUAUGGGUCGAAUGACAGCUCUAUUCGCAAGCAUUUGUGGGAUCAGCUUAACUCUUUGGAAGCUUUGGUGGGCAGUAAAGCUUGGUUAAUAGGUGGCGACUUCAACGCCAUUUUAAAUGUUGAGGAAAGUUCUGCUCCAGUUAAUUCUAGUACCUUGGCAGAUAUAUUUGAUUUUCAGAACUGCGUGGAGGGACUUGGUCUGUUCGAUCAUCCUUUCACUGGCCCAUUGUUCACGUGGACAAAUAAGCAGCAAGAUGCAUUCUUGGCACGUAAGUUGGAUCGAGCCCUUGUUAAUUCCAACUGGAUUGAUGUUUUUCCAGCCUCCGAUGUUGAAUUCCAGGCCCCUAGGGUUUCUGAUCACUUCCCAACACUUGUCUGGUUGCACAAGGAUAUCCCUGCUGUUAUGCCUAAACCAUUUAAAUUAUUCAACUUUUGGGCUAAGCAUCCAAACUUCAUGGCCAUUGUUAGGGAAUCAUGGCAGGCUCCUGUCACUGCUAACCUUUUGCAAACUCUUUACCUUAAGCUAAAAAGAUUGAAACGAUCCCUCAAAAAGCUUAAUAGAAGUUGUUACGGUGAUAUUUUCGGCAAGAAAAAGAACAACACAAUUAGAGUGUUAUUCAAUCAAAGAGGUGAAAGACUUGACACUUUUGAGGCCAUGUCUAAUGAAGUGGUUGGUUUCUUUGUGAACCAGUUGGGUGUAGCUGAUCCUAAGGUCAAGGACAGUGACGUUAACACUAUUAAGGAGUUACUUGGAUAUUCGUUACCAAGGUGUGCAGCUGAAAACUUAUGCAAGGAUGUCUCUGAUGCUGAAAUUAAGGAGGCCUUGUGGGGGCAGGGGAAUAAUAAGUCACCUGCUCCAGAUGGCUAUAAUUCUUUCUUUUUUAAGAGAACGUGGGCGGUUGUAGGAGAAGACUUCCUGACAGCAAUAAGGAUCUUAGUGGAUAGACUCUCUUCGGUCUUUCCUGGCAUGAUUUCUAUGAACCAAACUACAUUUGUGAAAGGAAGAAGCAUAGUUGAUAAUACUUUAUUAGCCCAAGAAAUUGUUAGAGGCUACUCUAGGAAGAAUAUGUCUCCUAGAUGUGCACUCAAAAUUGACUUGCAGAAGGCUUUUGAUUCCUUGAACUGGGAGUUUAUAGGUGUGAUUAUUGGAGCUAGAGGUGUGAGGCAAGGUGAUCCCCUUUCGUCCUAUAUUUUUGUGUUGGCCAUGAAUGUGUUUUCUAAUCUUUUAAACAUGGCUGCUUUAAAUGGGGUCUUUGGCUAUCAUCCCAAGUGUAAAAGGAUUGGGCUCACACACAUUUGCUUUGCGGACGAUUUGCUCAUUUUUUGCAAGGGAGCUAUCGAUUCUGUCAUGGGGAGCAGUCUCAUCAGGGAUUUUACUGGCUUUAGAUUGGGUGCCCUCCUAGUUCGGUACUUGGGUGUUCCUCUGGUCACGAGGAAAUUGGCUGUGAAGGACUGUCAAGCCCUUAUUGACAAACUCAGGGCGAAGCUAGCCUCUUGGGAAAAUAAGCAUCUCAGCUUUACUGUGAGGCAGCUUAUUUUGCCGCAUGCGAUCAUUAGGAAAGUGGAGCAAUUAUGUUCCUGCUUCUUUUGGAAGGGAUCUGAUGUACCUGCAAAUGGUGCAAGGCUUAUCAAGAAGCUUUUGGCUAAUGAAGGUUCCCUCUGGAUGGCUUGGAUACACUCCUAUGUUAUUAUAAAUGCUGAUUUUUGGCAAAUGGCAGUCCCUGCUAAUGCUAGUUGGAAUUUCAAACAUCUGCUGGAAAUCAUAUAUGAAAUUGCUCAUCUCUUCACAGGUCAGGUUUGUCAUCUGAGCACAAGGCAAGUUUUGGAUGAUUUGCGUGCUACUGGCCCUAAAGUACCCUGGCACCAUCUAAUCUGGUUUUCUGGGUGCAUUCCCAAAUUCAGCAUUAUGACAUUGAUGGCAAUGCUAAACAUACUGCCUACUCGGGUUAGGCUCGUGCAUAUGGGAUUAUCCAUCGAAACCGACAAGUGUUUGAUGUGUGGCACUAUGACAAAGACAAGAGAGCACUUGUUUAUUGAAUGCAGCUUUGCUAAGGAGUUGUGGGGCUCUGUCCUUGGACUAUGUGGCAUCAACCGUGGAGUUAGCAGCUGGGACAGUGAACUGGCCUGGGCUGUUUGUUUUUUUAAAGGUAAAUCUCUCAUUGUUCGGAUUCUAAAUCUUGCUUGGACUGGUAACAUAUAUGGCAUUUGGAUGGAACGAAAUAGCAAAUUAUUUGGUAAAAGGAACAGAACUAAAGACGACGUGCUGGAUGAUAUCAAGCAAGUCAUUCGAAUUCGCCUGUAG